AUGGCGACAAAUAGUUCUGAAGAUGCUACUCAAUUGUAAGUCUACCCGUGGACCAUCCUCCAUCCAUCAACCUUCCACAGUCGCGUCCAGUUCUUGAAUUCACACACCUUCCAAACCCUACGCGCAUUUUUUGUCGCACCAGCAUCAGACAAUUUUCACGUCUUCCACUCCAAAAGAUCUUAGAGCUUGCGGAUGAUGGUGCGCGCAAGCAAUAUCUGAUAUCCCAGAUCGAGAUAGUUGACUUGAAUUGACAAUAACCUAGAUCGAGCACCACCACCGCCAACACUCCAGCAACACCACUACCGCCAACUACAGCACCAAAGCCUGCUGUAUUUGGUACUCUCAAGCCUUGGAAAAUCAUGGAGAGCCACCAAGGAAUUAUUCGCUGGUCCCCCAAUCCAUCACGGGACGAGUUCCUGGUACUGAACCUCUACCGCCAAACUGUCCAAGUCUACGAGGCGACGGGCCACGCGCAACCAGGCAAAUUUGAUUAUGGGCCACGCUCCGUUCACACCAAGCUUCCUGCUAUCCUCACCUACGACUGGUCACCAGCAGUCCAAGGACUUGUUGCGGUCGGCACCAAUCACGGAGAGGUGCACUUACUACGUGUUGAUGACGACUCGAGCGACUCCAUCACUCUCCCUCUUAAAUUGCAACGACCUUGCCAGUCGAUUGCAUUCAAUACUACUGGCUUACUUGCCGUCGGUCUUGAUAGAAUCCGAAAUGACUCUUGUCUUCAAAUUUGGGAUAUUAAUCAGCGUCUUGGCAACUGGGAUUCGAAGCAGUUGGGCUGGGGAAAUUCCACAGUGAAUAUCGAACCAAGAAAGAAACUCGAAGCAAGUGUUUCCAUCACGAGUGUCCGCUUCUUCGAGGACCAGCCCCAAACUAUAGUCGUCGGUGUCAAGAACCAGAGCGUACGAAUUCACGAUCUUCGUGGUAUGUUGAUCAUCGCUUGCAUCAGGAGUGAAGUGCUAACACGUAUAGAUCCGAACUCAAGUGUGAUGCAAUUCCAAACUCGAUGUAAUAACAAUUUGGCCAUUGACUUUGCAGACACCAAUUACUUCGCGUCCUCGUCCUUAGAUCAAGCAGGGCUUGUCGUCUGGGACAAACGUGCAUCGAGCCGUUCCACUGCUUCUCCAAUGUACCUUGAAUAUAUCGAUCAAGAACCCGGCGUAGCUUGGGGAUCAGCACUUACGCUGGACAACGUCAUUCAAAUGGAGAAAGGUGUACACAUCAAACAACUUCGAUACUGCCGCGAACAUCGAGGAAUGCUCGGAGUAUUGUCAUCUGCGGGCCAAUUACAGGUUCUUGAAACCAACCGAGAGUAUAUCGAGCCUGAUUCUAUUGAUGAUGUCAAGGGUAGUCCAGAGCUACUUGAGGUUAAGAAGUCGAUUGACCUGGAGUAUGCCUCGUUUGAUGCCAACCAUCCCCGAAAGACAGAGGACCGCAUAGUCUCGUUCGAUUGGCUCAAUCUCGGCACUCCUGACUUAGACCCACGAAUCGUUGGACUGCGCGCGAAUGGCAGUUUCGAAAUUCUGCAGAUGCCUGCUGCCAGUGCCGGUCAGCUCACUCAACUGAUCCCUUGGACCGCCCCUCGCCGACGUAAGUCUCACACUAUAUCUCUUAGUCAUUAUUUACGUGCUUACAAAUGUUUAGUCGACGAGCCCUAUAUGACCUUGAUGCGUUUCAAGGAUCCAGAAGAUGCCGAAAAGAUGCUCGGUCCACUGUACGCCACUGCAGCAAAAUCAGAUAUCCCUGUAUUUGGACCAAACGGCUUCAAUAAUCUUGAGGUGAAGAAGAACCUAAAUGCUGCAAUCCAAACAGGCAUUCAUUCAGGAGAAGACCCAGUCGUCAAUCUAUUGUGCCAAGGUGGCUCGGAAAAUGAGGAAACUGCCGCCUCCGGUACUACUGAGCCCCUAGCCGGACAACUUUCAGACCUUGCCAUCAAAGACAAGGCUGAUAAGGGUAAGGGCAAGGAAAAAGCUGAGCCUGAAGUCAGAUCCUACGGAAGUAUGACGAGCCGAGAACUACAUGACCGAGUCCACUAUGCAACUCAGAGUUGUAUUCCUGCCCCGAAGCAUGUCCAAGAUCGAUUCGAUAACAUGAUGGUACGUCGAGCCGUUGCUGGCUAUUUGUUUGACCCCGAGACGAAUGUCAAAUUGCUACUUGAUGAUGAUCCAUGGCUUGUGAGAGUAUGGUAUUGGGUUUCAUGUAAGUUCCUUCGAAUUCUAAUAUCAUGUUUUUUCCUUGUAACUAAUGAAUUCACGAUCAGAUGCUAAGGCACUCCGCAACACGAGAGCCGGCAUGGUCAGUAUUCCUCUUGAUCUCGGAUUCACGGGCGUACACUCAAUAUGGAUGAAUAAGCUUGGUAAGUUCUUGGUAACUGGUUCAGGCAUUGCUGACUUUGAAAAGGCGAGAAUUUCAGAUCACGUCUUGUUGGUACUUCAAGCAACCCCGAGCCAGAGGAAUGGGAGACUCUGAUUGGUGAAAUGAACAAGAAGAUUGGUAUUCCAGCUUUCGAGGGGGUUGAUACUAAGAAGCCGAAUCACCGACAGUUAUGCUUGGCUACAGUUGGUCUGCUCAAGGAUUCUACGGAUCUUCAGCAAGACAUAGAGACACUGCUCAAGAACGAUAGAUACACCGAUGCGGCGGCAUGUGCACUAUUUGAAGGAAUGCCAGAGCGUGCUGUUGAAUUGCUCAAGAACGGUAGCAAGGCAUAUCUCGUAUUCUUGGGCAUGGCCCUCGACAUAAAACUAAAGAGCAACAUGACCACAGGGCUUGAUUCGACAGAUUGGGCGACCGUCCUCGACAGCCAUCCUGAGAUUUCCAAGGAUCCAUGCCUUCGAGGCAUCUAUGCGUUCAUCACAACAGGAGAUUGGGCAGCUGUUGCUAAUGAGGCGUCACUUCCAAUGGAAGAUCGAGUCGGAGUAGCGCUACGCAGAUUUGACGAUGAGAAGCUCACGGAAUGGCUCGAGGUACAGAUGGAAGAGGCCAUCAAAGAAGGAGACAUUGAAGGGGUUGUCCUUUCUGGUAUCACCGACGAUUUUGUUGAUAUUUGUGCCAAAUAUGUUGAGAAAUUUGGCGACUAUCAAACCCCUAUCUUGUUAUUGUCACACUGCUCCCCUCGAUACAUCAACGAUAUUCGCUGCAACGCGUGGAGAAAUGAAUACUGCUCCAUGCUUCACCGUAACCAACAGCACAUCUUGCGAGUCAAAUUUGUGCAGCAAUCAGGGAGGAUGAGUGUUGACAGAGAUGGAGUUCGUCUUAUCAAGCCACCGCCCAGACAAGUCACCAUUCGCUGUCUAAACUGCGACGCCAUCGGUGCCAAUGACUUGAACAACACCGGUGGCCCCUCUUCUGCUGCUGCUGCCGGCACAUCGACAACCACCAACGAUGGGCGUAACCCAUUGAUGGCAGCUGGCCAAAACGCUGGCCUUUGCUGCCCUCGAUGUGGUGCCCAUCUCCCACGAUGUGCCGUGUGCUUGGAGCACGUUGGGGUCCCUCGCUCAGAUAAACCUGAGCUCUCGAGCGACCCAACGGUGCGGCGACAAGCCAAGUUCCCGCUGUGCUGCCUCAAGUGCAAGCACAUCACGCACUUGGAGCACGCACAUGCGUGGUUCGCCAAGCACAUGGAGUGCCCUGUUCCGGAGUGCAGCUGUCGCUGUGCUGCGGAACAGAACUUCCAGCAGUAAGCGGUGGGAGAGGGAAGGGGGG